AAGGUGCGGGAAACGUGCCAGGUCAGCUCUGCUCAGGGGCACCUCUUGCAUCCUGCCAAUGAGGAUGGGCGUGCAGACCGUGCCCGGGAGCCGAGCUGCCGCCUGCUGGGUGUAGGCUGCUUCAGUGUUUACUGGAUGUGACAAGCAGAGAGAAGAGCUUUCAGCAGGGCCGCUUGCUGCCUGGCUCAAGUGGUGGGAGGUGUGUUGUGCACGCAUGCCUGUGUAUGUAUGUGUGCGCGAGCUUGUGUCCAUGCAAACAUGCCCUUCUCCUGCCAAGGACUUCACUGCUAAAAGCAAGCUCUACUCUUUCCUCAGAGCUCCUUAACCCACAGCCUCUCUCAUCAUCCAGUUGGUAAAGACCUGCAGGCCAUGAGGACUGGUCAACGACAGUGAGAGGACGUGAAAGGGUAAAUCCCUGACCCCCGCAGUCUUAUUUGCUGCCCCGACGUCCCAGCAAACCAGCCCAAGGGUUAACCGUAAGCGGAUGCCUGUAUGGCUGCCUUACUGAUGCCACGCAGGAACAAAGGCAUGAGGACUCGACUGGGCUGCCUGUCUCACAAGUCAGACUCAUGUAGUGAUUUCACAGCUAUUCUUCCCGACAAACCCAACCGUGCUCUCAAGAGGUUAUCCACAGAAGAAGCUACAAGGUGGGCAGAUUCCUUUGACGUGCUUCUUUCUCAUAAAUAUGGGGUGGCCGCCUUCCGCGCCUUCCUGAAGACUGAGUUCAGCGAGGAGAACCUGGAGUUCUGGCUGGCCUGUGAGGAGUUCAAGAAGACCAGGUCAACCGCCAAGCUGGUCUCCAAGGCCCACAGGAUCUUUGAGGAGUUUGUGGAUGUGCAGGCUCCACGGGAGGUAAACAUCGACUUCCAGACCCGAGAAGCCACAAGGAAGAACAUGCAAGAGCCGUCCCUGACUUGCUUUGACCAGGCCCAGGGAAAAGUACACAGCCUCAUGGAGAAAGACUCUUACCCUAGGUUCCUGAGGUCCAAAAUGUACUUAGAUCUGCUGUCCCAAAGCCAGAGGAGGCUCAGUUAGACCUCAGAUGGGGACUCUUGGAAAUCACUGGCCUUCCCCUCCCCUCGCUGCCAAGACCAUAAUCUAAUGUGAAUUGUCAUGGAUGUUCAAAGGCAGUGGCAUUUGGGGUGGGAGGCUGGGGGUGAGGAGGGAACGAAGGGCCAUUCCAAAGUGUGACCCAGCUGCCAGAGCUUGGACUCUUCCAUUUACCCACGUUUGUGUUUGGUUAGUGGUAGCACCCUGCCGCUGUCACCCUUCUCUGGGUCAGCAACUUGCCCUUUAUAAUGCCUUGGGUCAUCUCCACUGAGAAGGCAGAUCCGCUGUGCUAGGCUAAUCUGUAAAUAGAGCAAAUGCAGUUUCCACCACCUCCACACCCUCUCCAGUUAGGAUUCCUGACUCUCCACUUGUCCCGGACCCUGGGAGGAGUAGCUGGAAGAUUUGGCCUCUCUCUUGUGAUUUGCUGUCACAACAUAGUGGCCAGCCUAGGGUGCUGGGACCUCACAGCUUAGGAGAGAAGUCUCUGCAGAAUCCAGUUUUUUUUUAGGAUUGUCAUAUGGAGUCCCAGGUUUCUAGCACAUUGACAGGUGACCUCUGGGAGAGGGUAAACUCCACGGAGUUGGCUCUUCCUUCCAUUUCCAUCGGACCAGUGUGAGAAUCUGUGAUCACUGCCCAUCUUGGCCUAGGAAAUUUGUAAGAUUUCCUUACUCUUCCAUUUCCAGAAAGGGUCUUGGGAGAUUUCCUUCGGAACUUCUGAGUGAAGCUGUCAUUAAGAAAGACACAGUUUGAGAAUCUUCCUCAGUUCUACCAAGAACUUUUCCAGAUGCAGAAUGACCAGGGAAUGUAGCACCAGUAGAAUUUUGUGUCUGUUGCUUAAUGCAUUCUCUGCCCUCGCCUCCCUGUGGCAUCACACAUCACCGAUCUUUUAGGAUGACAGAGAGCUUGGCAAAAGGAGGUGAAUCCCAUAGCAUGACAGCUCUCCCAGUGCCUAAUAUUUUCCCUGUCUCUCCACGUCCCCCUUCCAUGCAGGCUAUGUAAUUAUGAUGGGGGAGAAUGGGAAAUUGGACCAGAACUCCUUGCAGCUUGCUUCCUGGGAACAUGCUUUCUUAGAAAGAUCCUUCUCUUGGCUACUAGGAAACAACUUUCUUCUUGGUCUCUGGUCUUUGGGAUUAAACAUUAAAUAAGUGUGGCUAAGAAGAUCACUGUGAACACCUGGCUGUGGAGACCUUCCAACAAAGCUGUCAUGGUACCCUGGGGCUACUUUGGAAAUGUGUCAGGAAACACUUCGUUGGAGGAUGAAUGAGCAACACAGAACCUUCUCUGGCUGCCCAGGAAAAAGCUGACUUUGCUGCAAGAGCAGUGUCAAAGGAAUGAAUCCUCAGCAGAACGAUCAGAAGGUGAAAGAAGAUCCUGGAAGACGCUCGUAUCCAGGGGAACUGACUUACCAAGAAUGUGGUGGAGGUGCUACUGGGAUAAUUUAUGAUCAGUGGAUUUGGAUUCAUUUCAGAUCUACAAACAUUUUGGCGUGGCUGACAGUGGAUUUGCACGAUUACACACACACUCUGGAGUACAGGGAUGAAGAACUGGUUGAUGGAGCACUCUUCUUUUGUGGGGUGCUAGGUUAUUUUAGAUUAUACUGGGGUUCCAGGGUUUGCAUUCCUGCCCAGUAACUUUGAGAAUCACUCCCUUCCUUAAUACCAACCACAAAAGGCCAAGAAGGCCCUUGAAUCCCACUAGUGAUAGUGCCUGCUGCUGUGCCAUGGCACCUUGUCAUCUGUAAGUGGGGGUUGGCAAAGUCUAUGUGAACUUCAGGAGAGAGAGGACAAUUGCUUCCUAGGCUUCACACUGAAGAGACCUGUGGAAGUUCAUGUUCAAAAACUCAAAAGCCUCACAUUGUAUUCCCAAAUAGAUCAGAUCGUAUCUCCCCACCAUGGUCAAAAACAAUCCUUAGCUAAAGCUGCCAGAACUAACUUAAUGAUUAAUUCUCUAACAGGGUAUUUUGAAAAUUGUUUACAUAUGAAAAGUGCAUCUGCUGCCAACUCUACUGUCGAAGAUGAGGUGCAUAUAAAUUGGGACUGCACAGAGAUAUGGAGAUGUGAAAUGUCCUAGGAGAGCCUUUUCACCACUUCCACCAUCCCAAGGAGAAAGUUCUAAACAAGAAUGCUGUGUGGCCACCUCAACUGGGGCCUGGAGUUCUUGCCAAGUUCUGGUGGAACGAAGGCUGCAGAUGGUGGUAUCAUGGCGCCCCGGUGACUCCCUCCCACCAUGGGAGGUGUGAAGGACCAUGCUUGGGUGUCUUGAAUUUUGCAGCUAGACAAGGGCACGUGGGUGUGUGUCCAUGCAUAUAGUAACAUGAUACAUCUAUUUAUGGUUCUCCCGUGGAGCGUCUCUGUGUGCGUAUGUGUGUGUAAUAAUGUGAACACUGGAGUAGUACAUUGCAGUCAUGAUCUUUCUGUGAGGGUGGCUUCCCUCACACCCUGUAGCCCCUGAUUCCCACAAAAGGCUCAGAGGUCUCUGCUCUGAUGCCCACUUUUAGGCACUUUGGUCAUGCCAACCUAGAUUUUGGUCUGCGAUGAAAGAGAAAUGUUUACAACAUCUAGAGCAAUAUUCAAGCAUACCUCAUCCCUGACCUUCCAUGUCACCAGUCCUGUCUCCCUCUCCCAUUUCCUCCUCCAUGAGCCUCAUACACCUCAUAGUCCGGCAUCCCAGGUGCCAGUUCCAUUGAACGUCUUCCUUUGCUCCUCAUGCCAGGCUUGUGUGGAUGGCCAUCUUCUAGACUCAAGGGUUGGUCUGGUCCUGGAACUUGUGAAGGCUCAAGGCAAGCUUGAGAAGCAGGCUGGGUAGUGCUGGGGCUUUGAGAUCUGCUCUCCAUCUCUGAGUGGCCUUUUGGUCCCAUUGGAGUGCUAACCUGUUUUGCGGCUUGCCAUGGUGGACUGAGUAGAAUAGAGUCAUCGACAACCAUUAGCAACCCUGGGCACCACUGGGGCGAGGAGGGAUCCUCUGAUCAGUGCUCUUAUUAAACUUGAGCAUGCACAGGAAUCACCUCGAAGGCCUGCUAUGAAUGCUAAUUCCCAGGUUCCACACCUAAUGGUGUUGAGCUUAUAGAAUGGGGAGAGUGGGGCCAGAGAUCCGCACUUUUCAUCAGCUCCCGUGUGUGUAGUGACCUGUGGACUCUGAAUAAAGAUGGUCUAGCACAGUGGCUUUCAAACUUGGUUGCUCAUUAGACUUACCUGGAGAGCAUUAAAAACCUGGUAGACCAGGACCCACUCCAGAAGAGCUAAAUCAGAGCUCCACAGGUGGCUCAGGUGUGCAGAGGGGGUCAGGAAGCACUGGCCUGAGGAGUCAGGGGGACACAGCUGAGGGUAAAACAGCUGCAGGGCCAGAGAGGACUGGAGGCCACCCAGAUGCAAAAAGCACAAUGAUCAGGAAACCUGGCAGCUCUGCGUGGGACUCCUGGGGUAGCUGCCUUUGCCCUCCCAGUCUGACUCACUCCUUUGAAGUCAAAGUGCUCUGGCCAAGCACACGCGUGGUUUGGCAGUCAGUGUGCCAGGCUGGGAGCUGAAGGGGACCUUGAUCAAGACAUGCCUCCCCACGCCUUCUGAGUCUCAUUGGCAGUGCUUCCUCCCGUCUGGCCUCCUGGGCCUUGUCCCCUGUUUGUUUUCCCAUGCUCUGUGUUUCGCCGUUUCAUGUCAGGCUGUGCCUCUGUCCCCGAGGCCAUGCAAUAGGGUAGUUGGAACUCAGGUAGCGUGUGCAGAGUGUCGUGGUAGUGACAGUAGUAGUAGUAACAUAACGACUUCCAAAUUUUUCAGUGGAGGGUGUCACAUCCUGGGGAGUAUCAAGAUCUGGGAAGCUUUUCCAAGAUCUCAGGGGGUUUGGUCUUUGUUCCAAGCCCUCUGCUUUCCCUCUUGGUCCCAGGUUGGAUGGGCAGCUGGGAAGCUGCUAGCUAGUUGACUCUCUGGUGCUCUCUCCAGAACUUGCUGCUCCGAUAAACCAAAGCUGUGAAGGCAUCCUGCCCAGAUUGCAGGGCCAGCCGCCGGGUGCAGGCCCUGGGCACUGAUCUGCAGUGGGGCUGAUGGGGCCUGUGACCCUAAGCCCAGGACAAUAGAGAAACUCCGUGUGCUGUGAGGGGAAGGCAUGAGCCUAUUGUGUGGAGAGUUUGGGAAGGAUGGGAUGGGAAGACUGAAGAGGAAGGAGCAGGCAGGAGAGACAAGCUGCGGAUGUGGCGCCUGCUCCUCCAUGUCCCAGAGGGAAAGGUGACAAGGGGCACAUUCAGAGGCAGGAUGGCCUCCCACCAACAAGACUGCCCACUUCUGAGCCAGGCAGAGGAACCCUGGUUUCCCAUCCUCGGCCUUGAAUCUGCCAAGUGUCAGCCCUUUCAAAACCUAUAUCCUCUGGGUUAAAACAAGAAAGGUGGCAAAGUCACUUCUGGCACCGAGAAUCUGUGCCACCAUGCCACUUGGCAUGAGACUGUGGAGGAAGAAGCCAAGAGCCAAGAUGUCUUCCUGUCCCUGUGGCCUCUCAGGACUCCCACAAUGCUCUGGGCCAUGAUGGGAGACUUCAGCAUGGGGCCACUAGCCUUCCCGGGUUCGGGGUCUGGGUCUUUUCAAAUAACUGUUCCUUUCUUGAUUCUUACUCCCUUUGGACCCUUUUGCUCUCUCCCCUCUGCCAGGUGCGGAAAAGGUGGCUGGGCUCCGUGUGCACUCUAACCGCGGUAGCAUUAGCUGGUCACUGGCCAGCACAACAGAUUUGUAGAUGCUCAUCGCCAUAUAAACCGCUUGGCUGAUGGAGUCCUCAUUGAGUUGUUUCAUUACCAUGUAAAGUGGAAUAAUGUCAUUCACCUUUACUAUCAACAAGGCUGUGACAACAUAAUAAACAGAACCUGAACAAGCUGCCCGUUGCUCUCUGCCCACAUUUCUGGUCGGCUGAUUCUUUAUGAGGAGACUCUUCACAGAACACGUGGACUCCUCAGGGGAAGCACGUGGCCUUGCUCUGCAGAGUCUGGCACGGGGUUGGCCACCAGGAAGAGCAGAGGUGUGGGUGGAAAUGGGAGGCGAAUGGUCUGGGAUGAGUGUGGGGGUGGAGAGUAGCUUUGGAUUAUAAGGGUGGCUUUGAAACUGUGAAGUGCUAUACAAAUGCCAGGUGUUAUUUUUAUUUGUAUCACCUACUGUUUGGAAAGGCAGGGAGAGAAAAGGCUGGGGAUGGUUUAUGUAUUUGUUUAGCUGGAGCAACCUGAAAAUGGAGCGAGUUGGUCUAUGGCUGCACCUCACUUUAUACAUUUGACAAGCCUCUGAAAGCUGUGAUCAGCCUUCAAAUCUUUGACUAUUUGGUGAUAAGGUCCCAUAGAGUGGACCAAAGGAGAAUAUGCCA